CUGCGCAGUUUUCACCUCGUCUCACCGGCCGUUACUCUCAUCUUCUUAGGCGGGACGCCGUUUGUUUAACCCUUGGCGGUGACCCGCGAUGAUUCCCACUCCGUGGCACCGGCACGUGGGGCCACAGGGCCCCUUCAGCGAAGUCUACGAGCCCGCCGAAGACACUUUCCUGCUGCUGGACGCUCUGGAGAGGGACGCGGAGGAGCUGAGGAGCGCCAGCAUUGCGAUCUGCCUUGAAGUAGGAUCUGGAUCUGGAGUAGUUUCAACAUUUUUGGCUUCAAUUGCUGGACCCAAAGCGUUAUACUUGUGUACCGAUAUCAACCCUCUGGCAGGUCUGUGCACUGUGGAAACAGCCAUACAUAAUAAUGUUGACAUUCAGCCCAUAAUUACCGAUCUGGUAACAGCAUUGUUGCCACGAUUGCAUGGGAAAGUUGACGUACUGCUAUUUAAUCCACCUUAUGUAGUAACCCCUUCUGCUGAGAUUCACAGUCAUGGAAUAGAGGCAGCAUGGGCUGGAGGUAAAAAUGGCAGAGAAGUUAUGGACAGGCUCCUUCCACUGGUGUCAGACUUGCUUUCAGCUAGAGGAUUAUUUUACUUAGUUACAAUUAAAGAAAAUGAUCCAGAUGAAAUUAUCAAAAUAUUGCGGAAAUGUGGCUUAAAAGGCACCAGAGUACUUUCCAGACAAGCAGGAAGAGAAAAGCUCUCGGUACUUAAAUUUUGCAAGUCCUGAAGACUACCUGUUAAACAAAAACUACUCUGGAAUAAAGGGUUUCAAACUGACCCACUGACUAGUGCUGGUCUGAGAGCUCUAGUCAGGUGGUCUCCAAAAGGUUGCACAAAAAACAAUAAUACUUGAUCCUGUAUUAUUAUUUUCUCACAACGAAGACAGAAGUUCUUUUGAUCAGGACUGAAUUUCUUGAACAGAAAUGUUGGGAAGGUAUGGUGUUCGUGUCCACAGCGCACGUACGCCAUGGAGCUUCAUGUCCUCUUUUAUUGCUCUUCAAAAUAUGGCACCCCUAGUAUGCACAGCAUUGCACUGGUGGUGUUCUAGUCUCUGGACAUGGAAUUAACCAAAGCACAGAAGCUGAGGCUUUACAUACCAUCAGUUUUUGUCUGAGAUGUCAGAAUACCUUGCUUUAAUAUAUAUAGUAAUAAUAAAUAUUAAUAUAAAAACCAUAUGCAAUUUGUGUGUUACCCUGAUCAAACAACUUAAGAUUUUUAUUUGUAAAUAAAGCUAAAAUUAGCGUUUCACAGCUAAAUCCAACUGUGGCUGUUGAUUUUCUUGUUAGAAGUUCAUUGAAGCAGAGAAGUCAUUUCAGAAGAAGGUCUCCCGACAAAGCGGACAGGUGGAUUUGUUACUAGAUGUAAACCAUUUGUACUGAAAGAAUAAUAAAAAAGAGUAUUAAAAGCA